CGGUUGGUGGCGGAGACAUUCUUAGUGCCUGCUCGAACAUGUGGGUGCGCACCCGCGCUGUCAGGCCAGUUGUGCGCUCUCGCCGGAGAGGCUUCUCUGUUGGGAAGUUUCUGUGAGUGAGUCAACACAGCUCAGCGCAGCGCAGCAGUCAGGGAGGAGGACGCCACCCAGCCCCGCCGUUGGAGCCAGCGCUGGGCUUUCUCCUCUUCUUCUUCUCGUCCCCUUUGGAGGACACACACAAAAGGACAACUUCCCUCUUCGCGAUCCACCGUGGAUUUAGUUUUCGGACCCUCGGGAUGGUUUUUGUCGCCUCGACGCGCCUUUUUCCUCAUUGGAAUUAACGCAGCGGCGGCGGAGGAGACAUGAAAGUGACGGUGUGUUUCGGGAGGACCCGGGUGGUCGUUCCGUGCGGGGAUGGGAAUAUAAGAGUGCAGGACCUCAUCGAGCAAGCAGCCAUGAGGUACAAGAAGGCGAUCGCGAAGGACCCCAGCUAUUGGGUCCAGGUCCACAGGUUGGAACAUGGAGAUGGAGGCAUAUUGGACCAGGACGACAUGCUGUGCGAUGUUGUGGAUGACAAAGACAGGCUGAUAGCAGUGUAUGAAGAGCAGGAUCCUCACAAUGGAGGUGACGGUACCAGCGCCAGCUCAGGUACACAGAGUCCAGAACCCUUCACCAGUGACACGAGUUCAGCAUCGGCCUUCCAGCCCUACCAGACCAACAGUGAGAUCGAGGUCACGCCAACCGCUCUGCUGUCCGACAUGCCUCUGCGUGUCCGUCGCAGCAGUGAUCCUUCUUUGGCAGACCUUCUUCCGGGAGAAGUCCUGGUGGGCCCGGAGGAACCGUCCAGAAAAAACCCAGCUCGCUGGUCCACAACAGCUGGAUUCCAAAAGCACAACCACAAAGCAAACACAAGCAGCGGCACUGGCAGCCUGGAACGAAAGGGUAGAGGAGCCCACGCCUACCGGAGUCUUCCUCGUGAUGCAAGUGGCUGGACCACUCAAUUCCAGAGAGAGAUGACUCGCUCUUCCCUCAGUGCCAACCACCCAAUGGUGGACCGAUGGCUCGACCGACAGGAACAGGAGGAGGAGGAAGAAGAGCAAAGAAAACAAGAAAGGAGAAUUGAGCGGAUAGAGCCAGUCGGGAGGGCUGAUUCCUCAUUGGAACAUUCACCUGUGAUAAACCUAGAAGGCAUGCUCAAGCCGGUCGAGGUGUCCAAUGAAGGAGGGCCCCUGGGGAUCCACGUAGUGCCUCUCAGUACACAGGAUGUCAGGACUCAUGGCUUGCUUGUGAAGCGCCUGGAACGCGGGGGCAAGGCAGAGCAGGAGCGUCUCUUCAAGGAGUACGACUGUAUCGUCAAAAUUAAUCAGGCAGACAUUCGCCACCUGCGCUUCGAACAAGCCCAGCACAUUUUCAAACAGGCCAUGCGUUGCCCGGUCAUCCUCUUCCAUGUGGUCCCUGCAGCCAUGAAGAGGCAGUACGAGAUGCUCUCAGCCCAAAGCGAGCUCAGCUCUCCCCAGUCCCACAGAGUCCGCUUUAGCCAAGACUCUCAGCAUUCGGGGGACAGGUCGAGUCUGGUGGGGGCACUGAUCCCCAGGUCUGGACCACAACCAGGCCUCAACCACAACCAGCAGGGGCCCCUGGCAGGAAGCACUCCAGAGCCGAGCCGCCGGUACACCACGUUACCCCACACCUUGGUCUCCAGAACCUCAUCAGCCCCCUCCCCCACCCUGCAGCGCAGGAUAAGCACAAACCCAUCCACCAACUCCUACCUGAAGAACAAAGGCCGCAGAUUCAACAUCCAGCUGAAGAAAGGUCCAGAGGGUCUUGGGUUCAGUAUCACAUCUAGAGACGUCCCAAUUGGUGGCAGUGCCCCCAUUUAUGUCAAAAACAUCCUUCCUCGAGGGGCCGCCAUCCAAGAUGGCCGAUUAAAAGCACAAGACCGACUGCUGGAGGUUAGUGGAGUGGACCUGAAUGGUAAGAGCCAGGAAGAAGUGGUGGCUCUGCUCCGAGCCACUCCCAUGGGUGGGAUUGUGAACCUGUUGGUGACUCGCCAAGAGGACUCUCUGCUGCCCCGAGAAGUGUGUACCAUGCAUGAGGAUCUGCACUACUGGCCACGGCAACAAAACACAGCUAUGCCUGAGGAAAACGACAUAGUGUUAACCCCUGAUGGUACACAGGAGUUUUUGACCUUUGAGAUUCCACUGAAUGACUCGGGCUCAGCAGGCCUGGGAGUCAGCGUCAAGGGCAAUCGGUCCAAGGAAAACCACACCGACUUGGGCAUCUUUGUGAAAUCCAUUAUCAAUGGAGGUGCUGCUAGUAAGGAUGGGCGUCUGCGUGUCAAUGACCAACUCAUUGCAGUAAAUGGGGAGUCGUUGCAUGGGAUGACCAACCAGGAUGCCAUGGAGACACUGCGCAAAUCCAUGUCUGUAGAGGGCAAUAAGCGAGGGAUGAUUCAGCUAAUCGUGGCCCGGCUGGUGUCCAAAAACAGUGAGGCCCCUGGCAGUCCUCCGGUAUUAGACCAUCCUGUGAACUCUCUACUGGACAACCAUGAGCGGCGGAUUUCCCACUCCCUAUAUGAAACCAUAGAAGGCUUGGACAACAGCUCCACAUUGCUGCCUAAUAUGACUGGACGCAUUGGUAACUACCAGCUCUCUCCGACUGUGAACAUGCCGCAGGAUGACAUAGUGAUGAUCGAAGAUGAUAGGCCGCCUCUGCUUCCUGCCCACCUCUCCGACCAAUCCUCCACCAGUUCCCACGAUGACAUGGGCUUCGUGGGAGACCCCCCGGUGGCCUGGAUCCAUGAGCUGCCCAGUCAGAACGAAUGCACGCUCAGUCCAGACACAGACCCUGACGGAUCCUUCCAGAGGGAGGGCUUCGGCCGCCAGAGUAUGUCGGAGAAACGCACCAAACAGUACGAGAACGCUUCUCAGCUGGAGAUCGUCAAGGCACGCAAGUCCAAGAGCAUGGAUCUAGGUUCUGCAGAACAAGUGGUCGGACCCUCCCUCGGUCUAAAAAAGUCCAGCUCCCUUGAAAGCCUGCAGACCGCUGUCGCAGAGGCAACGCUGAACGGUGAGAUCAACCUUAACAGGCCACACUCGCGGAUCAUCAGGGGCCGAGGCUGCAAUGAGAGCUUCCGAGCCGCAAUCGACAAAUCGUACGAGAGACCCCGUGUCACAGCGGCAGAAGAAGAGAACAGCAUGGAGACAUUGGACGAGGACACAGAAGGAAGUUCCAGAUCAGGUCGGGAGUCGAUGUCCACCAGCGGAGACCUCUUUGUGGGCCCCGGGCUGAACGGCAGCCUCUCCAAAGAUGACAGGCAGAAAGAUCGGGACAAGAUUGGAGGGAGCGAAAAGAAACCUGAAAGGGAUAAAGACAGGGAGAAAGACAAGGACAAGAACAAAGCGAAGAAAGGUGUGCUGAAGGGCCUCGGCGAGAUGUUCAGGUUCGGAAAACACCGGAGGGAUGAGCGGCCAGGAGACAGGAUGGAGAGGAAGGGCUCCAGUAAAUCUAAAGCUGAGGACAUGCAGGCGUCUGAAGAGGAAACCCUGCGGAUGAGGCUGGAACAAGAGAGAAUACAGGCGAAGACACGGGAGCUUCGGGAAAAGCAGGCAAAGGAAAGGGAAUAUGCUGAGAUCCAAGACAUCAUCGGCCACACCUUCAGCUCAGAUGAGGAACACACCUAUGCCGGCAUCGGAUCAUUAAACUCGUCGGUGGAUAGCAGCAGCAUGGAUCCUUACAGUCACCACUACCAUCUCCCCCAGAGUCCCCAGAGCCCUCACCCUCCCCAGAGUCACCAGGACAACGGUCCACCCCUGGAAGCGCUGUAUGCCCAGGUCAACAAGCCACGCAAUGGACGGCCUGCAGCUCCAGACAGCAGUGAGAUGACCCCCAGUAACCACGACCGGAUACAAAGGCUGAGGCACGAGUUCCAGCAGGCCAGGCAGGAGGAAGACCUUGAGGACCAUCGGCACAUCUACAGCCUCAACCAGCCCUGGGUGAGCAACGGGACAGAGGCCCCGAGUGGACGCCAUUCAGUAACAGUUGACAGUCAGGUCCAGAAACAGCAGCAGGAGGACAGAGACGGUUUCCAGCAAGCACAGAGACAGUACAGCUCCCUUCCGCGUCAGCCUCGUAAGAACCCCAGCACGGCGUCGGCGGACUCGUGGGACAAGGUGUACCCGCCAGCAGAGGGAUUCCAGACGGCCAAGGAGAACCCUCGCUACUCCGCCGGCCAGGGAUCACGAAACGGCUACCUGGGAACGUCCAACUUCAACGCCCGCGUCCUCUUGGAGACUCAGGAGCUGCUGAGGCAGGAGCAGAGACGCAGAGAGCAGGAGGCCAACAAGGCCAGGCCACCUCCCGCACAGGAACCGCCCAGUGGCAGCACCUACGACCACAACAGAGACCACAACCAGGCCUCAGGCCCUGCCGCGGUGCAGGCCCCACCUCAGUCCAAGGGCCCCUACAGACAAGAUGUUCCACCGUCACCUUCUCAGAUCGCCAAGCUCAGCAGACUUCAGGGUUCGGAGAAAGGGAGGCUGUUUUACUCCUGAGACUGUAACAAGGGACUUACUUGGACUGAUUCAGUGGAACAUUAACAGGGAAAAUAAUGCAGAGAGGGCAAGGAGUCUGUUUUUAAUAAAAUGUGGAGAUUUCUAUUAAUAUUUAAAGAAAAGAUUUUUAUAAUGACAUGAACAAUAAUCAUUUUUUGGUUAUAUCAAAAAGGUAUUUUACUGUCCAGCAUCACGAUCAUCAAACUGUGUACAAGUGCCUUCUAGUCUUUUGAUUGUCCACCUUCUAUAGGCAUCAACCCUCUUGAUUCAUCCAUCGGAUAUAUACAGAGGAGCAGACAUCACAGCUGAGUAGCCCCGAGCGAAGGUCACGGCCCAGGCACGUUCCCGUUGUGUCGAUUGCACUCUUGAGUGAAUGAGGCUUAUUUUUGCAGAGCACUAUGUGUUUGUGUGAGUGCGUGUGCUCGUAUGUGUGUGUGUGUGUGUGUGUGUGUGUGUGUGUGUGUGUGUGUGUGUGUGUGUGUGUGUGUGUGUGUGUGUGUGUGUGUGUGUGUGUGUGUGUGUGUGUGUGUGCUGGCAGGAGUUGGCACAUAGUGACAGAGUGUGGAGGUUAAGCAUCAUGUGUGAACUGUUGAGUCAGAGCUUGGGUUUUGGGCAUGACCCCCCCCCCCCAAUCAGUUCAGUGAAAUGUCCCUUUUGGUUUCAGAUACAGCUCUUAUGCAGAGUGUGUGUCCUCCUUCCAGCCCUCUCUUGUAUUCAAUAUGAUAAUCCUGAAUUCUCUCAUCCUCUGCUGGCUGCUUUAUCUCCUUUUUUUUCCCCUUCACAUUGUCACCCUCACCAGACCGGCACUCUCAGUGGUGGAAAACAGCUUUAGAUCUUCUUUGUUCCAACCCCAGAGAGUCCAGCAGUAUAAAUGAGGUCAGGUCUGGGUUAUUAAUUAAUGUACAUCAUUAAAAAUGAAUGGGCCCCCUUUAUGUUUAUAUAAGAAGAAAACAAGCUAUGUUGCUGGCGUGGCUCUGGCCCCAGUCUCGCCUACAAUGAUUCGGCUGUAGCCGAAGACUGUUGGCCCAGAGGUGUCGGAGUUGUUCCUCGCUGAAUAUUUCAUCAGCGUGGUUUACACGGGGAAACCACAUCGCUUCUGCAGCGGGUGGCCUCAGUGCGGCUCUGCAGACUCAUCGGCCUGAUACAAUAGAGCUGAUUUUGUUUUCCGUUCAUGAUUAUGUCCAUUGCUGGAAAACCAGUCGGGAGCAUAUCUGAUGUUCAAUCAAUAAUUAGUUGUGCAUUUCGGUGUGUGUGACAGCCUGUUUCUAUCCCUGUGAGAACAAGAAUUCAAGCUUUUUGAGGAUUUUUUUUGCAACGCGAGGCUGUUUUUUUCUCAGAAGGCCAGUGGUAGGUUUCAGUUAAAAUCAGGUUAUGGAUUAGUUAUGUUAAAUAACGAGGUCAAAAUGUGUUUAUUGAUUGGAAGAGGUUUUAACCCUGACCCCAGUGCAUUUACAUUAAUUCGAGAAUCAGGUUAGAAGUAGAGAAGAGCAAGAAGAAACUGUUAUCGCUGACGUCAUCUUCCUGGAAAUUCCCAAAUUCAUUUCCACAUUCCAUUGUAGAUGGUUCAGUAGGUGCAGGUGGCUGGUUUUGUUCUCCACCAUCUUCCUUGCAGUUUAUUGGCAAACAGCUGGUUUUGUUUGCAGUUCAUAGCUCUCCGUCCUGUACUGUGUUUAUUGCACUACACUCUGUAUGAUGAAAGUCUGUUUUUUUCCUCCAAACCAGUUUUUUUAUCAAGGGUUUUUUUUCAUUCCUUUUUUUUUCUUAGCUUUUUCUUUGUUUUUGUUUUUUUUGUUUUUUUUCUUUAAUGCGACAUUAAAAACAUUGCUCAAAAUUAGAGGGGUAGAUGGCUAGUGAGUAAAUGGGUGCACACUGCUGGAAGUUACCAGUGUGCAAUGGCAUAUUUGCAGAUGCAUUUUUUUUUUUUUUACCUCCUAUUGUGGUUUAAAUUAAACCUUCGUAUCACACACCUGUUGCGAACUGUCAUAAAUAAGCGUCUUUUCAUACAUCACGUGCCCAAGAUCGGGCAUUUGAAUGAGUCCUGGCACCUGAGUUUCGGAUUAGGACUGGAAUCAGGAUUAAGAGAAAGUUCACGGCUUCUAUUAGACAUGAAGUGGUUUGAGUAGGUUAGAAGUGCUGUCUGUAGGUUUUAUUGUAGUCAAGAGUCAAAACUGUGUUCUCACACAUACAAGGGGAAUUUAAAAACACAUCACGAGUAUGUCUGGUCAAGUGUACUUGUGUUUGUGUGUGUGUGUGUAAUGUGUAGGUGGACAUGUGUUUUAAGUGUCUGUGUAUGCUGCCAGUAACUGGAUGCUCCAAUAUGCCUCUGAAUAUGUCUUGGCAGCCAUAUGAACCACUUGGCUGCUGAGUGGGAGAAGAGCAGAGGAGUAGGAGGGAGAGAAGAUGGGAGGCCUGACCUUGCAGAUGAUUCAGUCAAUGGAGUAAUCGCAACUAUUCCUCCGAGCCUGCACUACAAACAGGAGGUUACCAACAAGCCUGCGCUCACUCCUGCUCUCCCUUUUUCUUCUUCACGUCUUCAUCUGUCUCCUUUCGCGCGUCUGUCGGUUUCACACGCUCGUUUAUUUUGUAUUUAUCUAGGGCAGAAUGAGACUGGACCUGGUGUGUGUGAGAAAAAGUGGCUUGGUUUGUAUGCAAGUGUGUGUGUGUGAGAGAGAGAGGGUUUUUUAGCUCUGACACAGCAGCUGUUUUAACUGACGUUUCCAUGAGCCAGGGAGGGGGUUCAAUUGCCUGCAAUAUCUUAUGAAUUAUUUUUCCUCCUCAUAUGCAAAUUUGAUAAUAUCCCAUAAUGCACGUUUAUUAUCUGUGUUGUGUAAUUAAUGUUUGUGCGCCACGCCUGUGACACACAGAUUCUUCCUGUAAAGCUAUUGUUUCGAGGGAUUUUUUUUUUUUUUUUAUCCUGGGAGAAAUGAGAAAUACAUUGUUAAUGUUUCAUUGUAUUUUUAUGACCAUCCCUCAUUGUGUUUUAUUAUCCACAAUAUGGUACUAUGGCGGAGAAAAAAAAAAAAAAAAAGAUUAAUAUGUAAGCACAGCACAAUUUUCCUUUUUUACAACUGUGUAUCAUUAAGAACUGUUUCUGUCGUUCUCUGUACAUACAAUAAAAAAAAAACUUUUUCAGUGAAUAAAUCGAGCGCAGUUUCCAA